AAUACCUUUCAUCACGAUGGAUAAAGUAGUUUUAGGAACAGCCGUGUCAUCGUUGUUGCUUCACGGAAUCACACCUUAGCAAUGAGGAAAGCCCUUCCCCCAGAGUGGGCGUGUUCAGAUCAGCAGAGGGGGCGGAGGCUGGGAUAAAGUCAACCUUAAGAUGAGUGAGAGCUUUAACUCAGCAGCGCACUGCACCGGGAAGGUUUAGUGUUGAGUCCUGAUGGGAACGGAUAUAAACACAGGGAAUCCAGCCUGAGGGUUAUGAAGCUGACACUGGAACCUGACCACGCUGCACAGAGAGACUCACUCUGCCUGUCACAGUCACAGCUUGGAGGCAACAAGGAAAGGGACUGCACUGCUGCAGCUGCUCUACAAUGAGAUGCGCUCCAGGAACUUGUUAAAGGCACGAUGCGUAGUUUUGACCGAGACUCCCACUGAGUGAAACCCGAAGUCGCGUCUGUGUUUCAUGUGUGCAUUCAUGAAGUUCAACCAGUGCCUACUGCAGGACUUGUCUGCGAACCACAGUGACAACAAAGUGUGGAAAUGGCACAUUCAGGACCCCGCCAGCCAGAGACUGACGUGGAACAAGCCACCAAAAAGUGUCCUUGUCAUCAAGAAGAUCCGAGAUGCCAGUCUGCUUCAGCCUUUCAAAGAGCUCUGCAUAUUCCUCACAGAGGUGAAAGACAUGAUUGUUUACGUAGAAAAGAAAGUUCUGGAUGACCCGGCCAUUUCAGGAGAUGAAAACUUUGGGGCCAUUACCAAGAAAUUCUGCACUUUUAGAGAGGAUCUUGACGACAUCUCAAACCGUGUAGACUUCAUCAUCUGUCUUGGUGGAGAUGGAACGUUGCUGUAUGCAUCUUCGCUUUUCCAGGAGAGCGUUCCACCAGUUAUGGCCUUCCACCUGGGCUCCCUUGGCUUCCUGACACCUUUUAAAUUCGACAGCUACCAGUCUCAGGUCACCCAAAUUAUUGAAGGAAACGCUGCCCUUGUCCUGCGAAGUCGCUUGAAAGUGAAGGUGCUUAAAGAGAACUGGGAAAAGAAGGCCAGAGUGGACGAAAAGGGCAUCAUCCUGACCAAUGGGGACAUUGAAAGUAGCCGCAAAGCCAUUCAGUAUCAGGUACUAAACGAGGUGGUGGUGGACAGAGGACCUUCCUCCUAUCUCUCCAAUGUCGACCUCUUCCUGGACGGACACCUCAUUACUACAGUGCAGGCAGAUGGUGUGAUAGUAUCUACACCUACAGGAAGUACAGCGUAUGCUGUGGCAGCCGGAGCCUCCAUGAUCCAUCCCAAUGUCCCAGCCAUCAUGAUCACCCCCAUCUGCCCCCACUCGCUCUCCUUCAGACCCAUCGUGGUGCCGGCAGGGGUGGAACUCAAGAUCAUGUUGUCUCGUGAGGCCAGAAACACAGCCUGGGUGUCAUUUGAUGGAAGGAAGAGACAAGAGAUCUGCCAUGGAGACAGUAUUACCAUCACCACUUCCUGCUUCCCUGUUCCCUCCAUCUGUUUCCGGGACCCGGUCAACGACUGGUUCGAGAGCCUGGCACAGUGUUUACACUGGAACGUGAGGAAGAAGCAGAACCACCUCAGCUCGGAGGACGAGGAGUUCUGAGGCCUGCUCCGUGAUCUUCAGGGUCUUUUCCAAGGUCUCCGUGACUCCAAAGUCCUGGUCUUAACUCGACCGCGCUCUGUGCCGUUUUAAAAGUCUCACCAAACUCAAUUCAAAAAGAGUCACUACGACAUCGCCCCUCAUUUGAAUUAAUAUGACUCCAUAAAAUAUUGUGUUAUAAUAAUGGGUCAAAAAGAGCUUUGACUGUGGUUCAUGUUGAAGUCUGGCAGAAUGAAAGUGUGAGAAAAACAGGAAAACUAUGAAAACCCCAAAGUUUUCAGUGAAAAUCGUUCUAACUAAAUAAAUAAGGCAUUUUAAAAAUAAAUAAUCAUGGAUAAACUGAAAUAAUUCAAGAUCAUUACUGUAUUAUCAAAUAUUCUUCCAGCAUUCUUGUUUGUUUCACCAUGUAUAAUGUAAAUUAUAAUGUAGGUGUGUGCUAAUUGCGAUGUUGAGGCUGAGAUCCGAGGCUUGUGAUUGGCUGAAACUGCAACUCGGUUGUCUUGAAAAGUGACUUUCAAGUGAGUGCCGAAGAAAAGAAUUUGGGAAAUCUCUGAAGCAAAAAUUUAAUACAAACUUCAUGAAAGUAAAAAUUAUGAAGUAAAAUAUAAUAUAACAAUUCAUUUUUAAAAUGUUUUAUUAAUUUACAAAACUAUUUAAAAAAACAAUUUCUUGAACUCUUUGGGGCUCCAUAGUAACCAAAUCUGAACAUUGAAAGUCAGAGACUCAGGAUUGCACAGCCUGAGGUGUAUGUUAGAAAUACGCAGCGGUAAUGAGGAGUCUGUCAAAUUCCCUAAAGACUCAGGAUCUGAUGUGUGAGCUCAUUCAAAUUGUUGAUUUUUUUGAAUGGAGUUUGGAAUCACUGCCGGUCCAGGAUUGUCCCCAGUCCUCUGUUUGUGUUUUGAAAACGUUUUGCCUUUUUUCUAAUGCAACUUGUCAAAAUGCAGUUUGUGGACGAAGUUUUCACGAAAAAGGGGAAAUGUAAGAGUCUGGGAUGAUCCUGGACUGCAACACACCGUGACAGUUGUCGAUGAGAGUUACUACGAUGCUCCUGAGGGGCGUUAUCAAGUCUGCUCUUGCACUUUUUAAUCUUUGAGACAGACGACAGGGACACAGCCACAACAACAGGAUGUUCUCUCAGUAGAGGUGAAGGACGAGUUUCACUUUUGUGGAAAAUUCUCUAGAAAGAAUCAGUUAAAACCUGUUUUCUGUUCAUCAAAUCAGGAAAAACUGAUUGUGUAGGUUCAUCCUGAUUCACACAUCUACUUGCCAAUCGUGGCCCAACUGUACAGACUGUGCCUUAAACACUGGUAUCAUUAAUGUAUAGAAAUAUAAUUUUUCAAGGUUUACAUCAUGGUAAUUUUUUAAGAAUCACACGUGCAAAGAUUUGUGCAUUUUCUCUCUGAUGCUUGUUUUUGUGUCGUCUGUUCCUCAGCGUCUCGGCUCUGCAGCCGUGUGCUGAGUGUGUUGGACGAAUUGUUGAGUGAGACUCAUUCCAGGCAAAGAGACAAUAGUUCAGGUGUCUUCAGCAUCUUUUUAACAUUUUUAAAAAUGUCUUUUAAAGCCAUAGCUGAUCUCUGUGUAGUUUUUAUAGACUGAUGUAUGUGGGCUGUGGGUGGUGUUGUGUGUUUGUCCAGGGACUGAUCAUAACAGACUUUGGUGCAUCCUUGCUUCUCAGUUUGCUACAUGUCUGCCUCAGCUGAGGUGGCCUACCUUUCAUAUCUUUUCAGAUAUCAUGUGUAGAUGUUAAUAUAUAUAUUUACCAGUAUAUAGUCAAUUGGCUCAACAUAAUGUGUUUGGUUAAAAAGAUGAAACUGUGGAGUCGACCUGUUGAAACUAUCCAGCGGACCAAGUAAGCUCUGAAAGGCAAUCAUUCCUUUAACUCCUGUACAUACAGCCAUGUUUCAAUAAGAUGUUUAUUAACCAGUUUACAAUGUGUCUUUGCGGAAAAUAAAUCUAUUUGGUACCUUCUUUUUUUUUUUUACAUUAAGGUAUUUAGUUGUUAAUUCUUUGUUGAUGAAGACAAGUUUUGAUUCUAUAACUACAUUUUUCUGCCAUUUGUAAUUGGUCAGAAAAGUACUUGUUGUACCGUCAAGUACUGAGAUAAUCAAAUAAAGCCAAAGUUACUCUAACA